CAAAUAUUAGAUACCUUAGGAACUGGUACAUUUGGUAAAGUUGCGUUAUGUUACGACAAUAGACAGUGUGAUGAUAAAAUUGCGUUAAAGAUUAUUCGAAAUGUGCAAAAGUAUAGAGAGGCUGCAGAAUUGGAAAUACGCGUAUUAAAAAAAAUUUGCAAAUGGGAUCCCAAAGCAGAAAUACCUUGUGUCAGAAUGUUGGAUUGGUUCGACUAUUAUGGUCAUACUUGUAUUUCAUUUAAUGUGUUAGGCAGUAGCUCGUUUGAUUUUAUGAAAGAUAAUAAGUAUUCUCCAUACCCUAUGCAUCAUAUACAGAAUAUGGGAUAUCAAUUAUUGUGUGCAAUUGCAUUUCUGCACGACAACAAUCUUACUCACACUGACUUAAAGCCAGAAAAUAUAUUAUUUACAAAUUCAAGUUAUCAUUCCGAAUACAAUGAAGAACUGGAAAAGAAACAAAGAGUUUUGCGGAGUAGUAAUAUUUGUGUCAUUGAUUUUGGUUCGGCGGUUUUCAAAAGUGAAUACCACAGCAGAAUUGUCUCAACCAGACAUUAUCGUGCACCGGAGGUUAUUUUAGAAUUAGGUUGGAGCUACCCAUGUGACAUUUGGAGUGUCGGUUGCAUUCUGUAUGAAUAUUAUACUGGCAAUGCUUUAUUUCAAACACAUGACAAUCGUGAGCAUUUGGCCAUGAUGGAAAUUAUUUUGGGUGAUAUUCCCAUUGAAAUGCAGCUAAAGGGAAAAAAAUCCCACUACUUUAAUAAGAAGGGAAAAGUAGUAUGGGAUAGCACUGGAGAAGGAGCCAAAUAUGUAUAUCGAGAAUGUAAACCUUUAGAUGAAUAUGCUAGAAGCGACGAUAUAGCAACUAAGAAAUUAUUUAACCUUCUAUCUAAAAUGUUGUGUUACGACCCAAAUAUGCGAACAACUGCUCCUGAAGCAUUACAAGAUAGUUUUUUCAAACUAAAAUUAGAUAAUGUAAAUAAAACGAACUCACGUACGCGUAGUAGGACUGAUAGUUUGUGA